AUGCGCUGGCUUCGUCUCCGCUUCGCGCUCCUGGCGCUCGCCACCCUCCUCCUCCCCCUCCUAGCCGGCGCGCGGCUAUACGCCAACAAACCUGAAUCCAAGAUCGCGCGCAACGUCCUCGAAUCCAAAACCGAGGGAUACUGCAGCCCCUCUGGCCCGAUCGAAGCGACCAACUGCGCGUACGAAACCGUCGAAUCACUCAACCAACAUCUCUUUCCUGCCCUCCACAGCCUCGUCUCCCACCCCUUCUUCAGAUACUUCAAAGUCGACCUGUACCGCGACUGUCCCUUCUGGCGCGAAAACGGCCUGUGCAUGAACCGCGCGUGCGGCGUCGAGACCAUCGACGAGGCUGAUGUUCCCGAGAAAUGGCGGGGGGCUGCAUUGUCGGCAGUGGUGACUACGGAUAUGAACGAGGGGGUGAACGGGUGUUAUUUCCGCGACGACGACUUUUGUUUCAUCCAAGACGACGCUACGCCGGAAGGACAGUAUAUCGACUUGAUUGAGAACCCGGAACGGUUUACGGGGUAUGCGGGAGAUAGCGCGCAUAAUGUCUGGCGAGCAAUUUAUCAGGAGAAUUGCUUUGGACUGAGCGAGAGCGUCAUUGCCGCCGCACGAGAUGGCAAGUCUAUCCCCGGUCGCUCAAGGCCUGCUAUGGGCCUCAAUCCCCUCCAGGGCGGCCAUGCGCCGCAGGACGCCGAUCUAUGCGAGGAGAAGAAGCUGUAUUACCGCCUGGUUUCUGGCAUGCACGCCUCCAUCUCGAUCCACAUCUGUGCCGACUAUCUCGACCAAACGACUGGCGAAUGGGCGCCUAACCUCGACUGUUUCGUUUCUCGCGUCGCAACCCACCCCGAACGCAUCUCCAACGUCUACUUCAACGCCGUUCUCCUCCUCCGCGCCGUCGCUCGCGCCGCCCCUUACUUCCGUGCCUACGAUAUUGGGAUCACUCCUCGCGGCCGCGAAAACGAAUGUACCCGGUCCCAACGCCUGGCGGACUCACGCACGCGUUCAGAGUUCGACGGUGUCAUUUCUCUGGCUGAAAGCCUGGCGUCUGGUUUCAACGAGGAACAGUUUUUCGCUGGUCCCGAUGCGCCCGUCCUCAUCGAGCAGUUCAAGGGCGCGUUUAGGAACGUCAGCGCUAUUAUGGACUGUGUGGGGUGCGACAAGUGUCGACUUUGGGGAAAGAUGCAGGUUUCGGGCUUUGGAACCGCACUCAAGAUCCUGUUUGCGCUCGAGGAUAAGGACCUCGAUCCACGGGUUAAUCCUAAUCUUUUACAGCGGUCCGAAGUGGUCGCGCUGUUCAAUACCCUCCACCGCGUCACGGAAAGCUUGCACUCGGUCGACGAGUUCCGGCAGAUCUACGCGCGGACACAGGCAGAAGAGGCCGCUGCUGCUCCGCAGCGUGUGGCCAAGAAGGCCGCCGAAAAGGAUGCGCGCCGCCGCGCUGAGCGCGAGAAGGAGUGGGGCCCGUGGCUGCUUGCCAUCGCUGUAUCGCUGUUCGAGGCAUUCCGCAGGGGGUGUAGUGGCUGUAUCAAGGCUGCAGCCGAGUUUCUGAGAGGACAAGGAGCGCCCAAGGGCGAGUUGUAA